UUCAGUAACGAAAGAGAAGUACUAAUUAAGCAAAAUGCCAGGGGAGACUCUUAUUCCCUCAAUUUCCUUUUUCCUUCUGUCUUACUUUUGUCUUACAGUAUUUGCGGAUAGUUGUGGUAAACUAUUUACUUUAACAUUAGUGUUCCACUUUGCAAUCUUUUGGUGUUUGGUUUGGUCCAGGGUGUUGUUUAAGUUGGGAUGGGCAUAAUGUUUGCUCUGGUAUGGAUUAAUAGCUUGAACAGUAGUUAUCAGUAACAAUACCAUUCUCUUUAUCCUUUGAAAAAGUUGCAGAAUUUACUCUUUGUUGUUCAUGCUGCGUUUGUACGUGCUGCACUUUGGGAUAAGGUUCUCGUAUCUUCGUUGUCGCGUCCUACAGUGUCGGGUGAGAUGAUGAUACAAUGAUGAUUAUGCCUGUGGGCUGUGGCGAGGGCAUCUUUGCUUUAUCUAAAGGGCAAUUAUUAUUUGCUAAAUGCUGUCUAAUUAUUUAGUUCAGUUAUGUCUUUAGAUUAUUCUUAUUAAUUUUCUGCCUAUGGACUGAGGAUUAUGUCUCUGUCUUGCUCUCAUGUACUACAGGCUAUGUGAUAAUUCAGUGAUUGUGUUUUUAUUUCUUUUGUUUGGUUUGAUUUUUUUAUCGUUUGCUUAUGAAUACCAUAUUUAUCGUGUACUACAGAUGGUUUCGAGUUCAAGAAAUUUGAGAAAUGUGAGAAUCGUUACUGAAUCUAACAUUCAAGAAAGUAUUCAGCAAGGACACUCAUUCUCCCAACGUGAAGAAGGAUAUGCUGAUAACAUUGGUAUAUUCCUGGUAUUUUAGUCAUAUUAUCUAAUAUAAAUGUUUGGAAAAUUGCUUACAAGUAUAUUUGAUGCUAGGAGAAAAUGUUGCAAACGGUAAUAAACGAGGAAAGACAAGAGUGUAAGAUAUCUGGAAUAUGGACGCAAGUGAAAGGAUCGAUGUGGAGGUUGACGAAUUUGGAGUUCCUUAUGGUGAAGAGUCAUGCUUGCUGUCAUCCUUUCUUGGGACAAUUGCGAAAAACAACACCUUGACUCCACUGUCGAUUGAGAAUUGGAAAAGAAAGGAGUUCAAACCAUUUAAAAGACAGAUACUAAGCCUUACCAAGUCAAAGUUCCGCUACCCUGUAUGUUUAGAAAGGUGGAUUUUGCAACUUGUUGACAAGAAAUGGGUCGACUUCAAGUAUGAUUUAAAGAGCAAACACUUUGAUGUUGGGAAAACGGUGGAAAGUAUUAUGGAAGAGGGACUUCCAGAAGGUGUUACAGAUGCAAAUCAGUGGUACACCUUGGUAGCUAGCUGGUUUUCCAAGGAAAACAAAAAAAGAAGUGCAGUAAACCGUGCUAAUGCAAAGAAGAAGAAUGUUUUUCACACAGGAGGAAGGAGGAGCAUUGCAAGGACGAGAAAGCGACUGAAGGAAAAAUUAGGCAGAACUCCUACUAGGCUUGAAGUUUUCGAAGCUAACCAUAAGAGAAAGGAUGGGACAUACAUCAAUGAUCAUGCUAAGGAGUUCAUGGAUAAAGCAAAUGAAAUGGAGGGACCUAGUGAGGAGGUUUUCCAGAAGCUAGCAGGUCCAGAGCAUCCUGGGAGGCUUCGAUGCAUAUGGGGGUGCCAGUACUGCCCCAUCUUUGGGUUCUCGAGCUUCUUGAUGCCGUGAUGCUCUUAGAUGAAGGAUGUUGAAUCAUGAGUUUAUCAUGUAGGUUCUUUUGAGUAAUAUUCUAGUAGGUUGUUAUGUUUUUAUGGAUUGCCAAUGUUGUUAGUAGGGAUUAUAUUAUGGUACAUGGAAUUUUUGAGGUACGGAUUAUGGAUCAUGAAUCAUGGUACGGAUUAUGGAAUAUUGACGGUUUUGUAUGGUAUGUAUUGUACGAAUUAGUUAAGACGGUAUGAAUUUGGUCACUAUUGUAUAUUAGGUUUUGACCACCAGUUUGUAGUGACUAUAGUAUUUGCAACCAGGUUUCUAGUUUUGGUGGUCCUAUUUAGUGACAACUUUGAAUUUAUUUUUAGUGACAGCUUUGCAUUCUCUUUAGGGACGGUCUGAUAUCGUCACAAAUUAUUUUUAUAUUAGCCACCAAUUUAGCAGGGGUUUAAACCCUUGGAAUAAUGUAAUUCAAAUGAA